AUGUCGUCCACCAGCAACGCCUCCAUCGACAAGUUCAACGGAGACAAUUACGCAACGUGGAGUCGGUACAUGCGCGGUGUGUUUUUGACGAAGUCCGUCUGGCACGUUGUCAACCGUGAAGUGACUCCGACUUUCACCGACCCGCGAGCGUCCGAUGACUACGUCAAGGCAAGCAACGUCGCGUUUGGUAUGAUGCUGCUGCACAUGAACGCGGACUACCAUCAUGUGCUGGACAACUGCGAGGAAGCCUGGGUUGCGUGGACAAGUCUGAAGACGCUGUACGGUGGGUCGCAGAAGGCAGGACGCAUCUACCUCAAGCGACAACUUUUCAGUAUCAAGAUGGCUGAAGGCGCGAAUGUCAUGCAUCACUGCAACGAGGUCCUCAACAUCUCCGCCAAGCUUAGCGGCAUCGGUGCGAAGAUGGAAGACGAAGACGUUGCAAUUUGUCUGCUACUCAGUCUUCCGAAGAGCUACGAAAAUGUGGUGCUCAACAUGGAAAUGAGCAGCACCGAGCUUCGCACUCAAGAUGUGGUGAGAGUCCUGACGAAUGAGCAUGCCAAGCGUCAAGGAGAAAAAGGGACAACGACAGCGACUACGGUGAAGGCUGAAGAUGCAAGCAAGGCAUUCAGCGCCGAGCGUGAGCCCUACCAAUGCACGUAUUGUGGCAAGGUGGGACACACGGUGGAUCGUUGCUGGACAAAGCAGAAGAACGAAGGUCGGGGAGCCCGACGCGGCGGCAAUGGUCGUGGAAGCGGGGCUAACAAUGUCCAGUGGGGACAUCAUGAUGAAGGCAAUGGCUACGAUCGAGUGGCGUUUGCAGUCUCGUUCGAAUGUGGAGUUUCGACGAGCAAGGACGUGUCUGGAAUGUGGGCCGUCGACAGUGGUGCAACGCACCACAUUUGCCACGACAAGACCAAGUUCGCAAGUUUGGCAGAGCGCAAUGAGGGCGAACUCUUGGUGGCUGAUGGCAACAAGGUGGCCAUCAAGGGUGUGGGAACCAUCAUGGAAAAGGUGGUUCUGCCCAACGGUGAAGAGCGUGAGAUCGAAAUCAAGAACGCGCUAUAUGUUCCAAGUAUGAGCAAGAACCUGCUCUCGGUGCCACAGAUUAACAGCCAUGGCAAGUUUCAAGUCGUGUUUGACGGGUCCAAGAUGUAUGUGACUCUCAAGAACUCACAGCAAGUGGUGGCGACAGCGGAUCUCGUGGAUGGACUCUACUGGCUUCGGACGACUCAACGAUCAGCGAAUGUGACAACAAGUGGAACCAGUUGUGCCGAUCUACAUGCGAGAAUGGGUCAUGCUCCAGUCGAUGUACUUCGCAAGAUGAUCGCGACCAACAUGAUCAAGGAUGUGCGAGUCCCUCUCAAGUCGGGUGGAGCAACUACAUGUCGAGGAUGUCAACAAGGGAAAAUGGUCCAAAAACCAUUUCCAAGCAACCGAGACAAGCGCAGCUACGAUACGUUUGAGCUACUUCAUCUGGACAUCUGCGGGCCCAUGGAAAAGGAUUCGCUCGGUGGCAGCAAAUAUUUGCUGCUGAUCAUCGACGAAGCCAGUGGAUGCAUGAAGGGCUUUUGUCUACGAGUGAAGUCCGAGAGUGAAGACUACAUCCGGAAAUAUAUCACCAUGGUACAGACGCAAUUCUGUAAGAAGGUCAAGUUCGUGCGACACGACGGAGCUCGCGAGUUUGCAACCAACUCGCUUCAACUGUUCUACGAAGACGAAGGCAUUGAACAGCAGACAACGGUGCCGUAUGCACAUCAAACAAACGGAACAGCAGAGCGUGCCAUUAGGACUAUUGUCACGAUAGGCCGAAGCAUGCUUCAUCAUGCCAAACUGGACAAGUGUUUCUGGGCCGAAGCAGCGAUGACGGCCAUCUACGUCAAGAAUCGACUGCCGUCACCUAAAGUCGUGCACAAGACCCCGUUUGAGAUCGUCUACAACUUGAAACCAAGCGUCAAGCACAUGCGAACAUUCGGGUGUCAGACAUACAUACUGACGCCUAAAGAGAAUCGACUCAAGUGGGAUCCAAAGGCUCGCGCUGGCAUAUUCGUGGGCUACGAAGAAGUUUCGAAGGCAUAUCGUGUUUAUGACAUCGAGGCGGGGCAGGUGGUUAUCAGCCGCGAUGUCAACUUCGACGAGUCCACCUUUGGACUUCAACUGCCGAUCACUGAUGAAGAUGUCGAUGACCUGGACUUCGAAUUGCUGGAUCUUGAUGACGAAGAGCUGCGUCAAAUGGAGUACAAGCAAACAGGCAAGCGCAAGAACCGACUCAAUGAUGAAGAUACAGCAGCUCCACGACCGCGUGCAGUGCGUCAACGACCAGGACUAGAAGAGUCAAGCGCGCCGGAAAACAACUCGUCACGACAAGAAGAAGACGAAGAAACGAAGGAUUCUGGUGAUUCAACACCGCCUGUGUUUUGGCGUGCGAGUGCAAAUGCCGUUGAAGCAGCAGUGGACUUAUCAGAACCCUCAACAUUUGAAGCAGCAGUAAGCGGCCCUGACCAAGUGCACUGGAGAAAAGCAAUUCAUGCAGAGCUCGAGUCAAUGCGACUUCGCGGUGUGUUUUGUGCAGCCAAGCUGCCCAACGGACAACGCGCCAUUGGCACAAAAUGGGUGUUCAAGAUCAAGCGCAAGGCGGAUGGGUCAAUCGAGAAGUACAAGGCACGACUUGUGGCCAAGGGUUUCCGCCAAAAGUAUGGCAUCGACUACACGGAGACGUUUUCGCCUGUGGUCAAGUAUGUGACGCUGCGAAUGGUGAUCGCAAUUUCCAAGCAUUUUGGAUGGCCCAUCGACCAGCUUGAUGUGGUGACAGCUUUCCUGUAUGGCGUCAUGAAGGAACAAGUGUUCUGCGUGAUUCCUGAAGGCGUCGAACUUGACAGUACGUUCGACUGCCUGGAAUUGGUGAAGUCAAUUUACGGCCUCAAGCAAGCGUCGCGAGUGUGGAACGAGACGUGUUGA